AUGCGUUUUCCGAUACUCCUUAUCACUUCAUUCUUUACGCUGAUAGUAGCCUCAAACGACCCGUUUAACAAUCUAUCUGUUCAGUCUCUACAGAGCGGUGAUACGACCAUCAAUACCAGAGAUGCCGAAAUCGACAAGACAUGUAGACGCUUACGUACGUUGACACAGCUCAACAGGAUCGCACAUAACGAGACCCUCAUGGACAUGAUGAUCAUGCGCGACAAGUUCGCUCAACCACGCAUCGACUGGAUCAAAAGCAACAGUGACGACAUCACUGCCAAACUCGACAAGCUGACAUCCAACUCAACUCUCACUGCCGAAUGCAACACCAUCAAUGCGCAGCGCGAGACAGCUCGUCAAUGCAAAGCAUUGGAGAUAUUGGAAAGGCUGGUAAGCUCAACGAAUGGCCAGCCCGGUACCAAUCCAGGUCCUGCUGCGGAUUUUCUCAGCGAGGAGCAGAAUCAGAAAUUGCAACAAAAGUUCGAGAAAGCGGAGCUCAAGCUGCAGCAACUUAGGAGGAACGCUACAUUAAUGGGUCUCUGCGAAGACAAUAUUAUGUUCCAGCAGAAUGGCGCCAUUGGAAGUCUUGCCCUCAAGACACCCAGUGGUAUGGCGACAUUCGACUUCGGCGACCCACCCCCGGGCCUUAAUCUCAGCGAGUCCCGGACAGUCGGAAACAGUGUUGUCGCAAUCAUCUUGUUUGGUCUUUCGGGUGUCUUCGUUGCAUUAAGGCUGUUUACUCGCCUGAAGUUGAAACAAGAACAGCUGGGGUGUGAUGACUACUUGAUCAUUGCUGGGCUGGCAUUGAACGCGGGGAAUCUUGCGUGCUGUAUCAUCACCUUCGCAUACGUUUUUGUCUACGCGUGGAGUGUCUGUGUCAUCAAACUCUCCAUCCUCGCUUUGUAUCGACGUAUCUUCGGUAUAAACUGGUUGGGUUGGUUCUGUGUUGGCAUGACCGCUGCCUACCUGAUCACAAACCACGUCGUUCUGCCAUUGUACACUCGACCGUUGAGCUACUAUUGGGAUCAAUGGAAUGGGGCACACGGAGAGAUUCUCGUCGAUGAGGCAAAGGUGCGCCGCAGGUACCCCACAUUCUGA